GUCGACCGCGACAACGGCGAUACCCCCUUAAGCGCGACCCCACUUACAGGCAUCUGCGAGUGUAUCAGUGGAAGAUGUCUGAUCUCUACACCGCGCUUCGAGUAUCGCCCAGGAAGAAGCGAUGUCCUCCGGAAGACGACUCGGACGAUGCCAUCAUUACACCAAAGAAAGUUCGGACCGCUCCCUUAACACCUCCGCGGACUGUCAGACGACCUAAGGAUAAAACGAUCCAGCUGCCCGGUCACCUUUCACGGCUGUAUGAGAUCCACACCGCUUUGCAGCAUGCCCUUUCACAUGCCUUGGCGACAUGCGCAGUCUCUCCCUCCUCAGAUACUGGCGUUAUUCCCAACGUACUCAACCAUCUAUCUCUAACCACUUACUCCGGCUUCUCCAGGUCAUUUAGCCUGGAUGACCUACGAAGGCUAUGCUGGCUCUGGGAAUGGGACGGGGAGCGCUUACAGGAUAAGAAAUCCGCAGGGAAGUCUAGGGGUGAAGAUGGUGACGACAAUCCUUUCCUUGACAGCAACGCAGCUUCAUCGUCAUCGUCAUCCAAGGACUGGACGAGAGGAUCUAUGGGGUUUGUGAUCUCAUCUUGCAUGCAUUUACCUAAAGGCUCGAAGAAACGCGUGCCUGCAUACGGGAUAGGCAUCGAAGUGGAGAUGGAUAUAGACAAGGAUAUGGGUGGAGGUAUGGCGGCAGUCGCAAGGUGGACCGCAGCCGGAGAAACUAGGCGAGAAGAGGUCCGCACUAAGCUUCAGCGCUGGAUCGAGCUUCAUCCAGACACGACCCCAGUGCCUCACUUACCGCUGGCCGAUCUGCCGGAGAUAGCCCCGCAAAACAGGCCAUCUUCCCUAACUCGCCUUCUAGCUUCUGCUUCCCCCAAGUCGCCGUCCUCCCUUACCGUUCUGCAAACUCCAGAAUCACCGUCUCGAUCGAAGUCGCCCAAGAAAACCCCUAGUAAACGUGCCGGCCCCAGUCUAUCGGAUGGUUUUGCUCUGCCGUUCCCUCCGAUCACUCCCUCAUCGAAGUCAAAGAACAAUGUGCUGUUUCCACAGACGCCGUCCUCUAGUGGGAGAGGGCGCAGUUCAGCGUCGUCACUGCUAACUCCUCGGACGCCUUCCGUUUCGCCCGAGCGCCCUGCCUUCACAGCCUAUGAUUUGCUACCAUCUACGCCCCGAAAGCAAACAGGUUCUGAUUCCGAAACGGCUCCGCCGACUCCUAGCACAUCCCGCCGACAAGCCCUCUAUGAGAGAAUACGACAGAAGUCAUUGACGGAAUCACCUGCCAAGCCAUUAAUGGGGAAAGGCUCCAUCAAGGGAGGCAGUAAGAUGACGAAGGACCAGUUGCUGAAGAUGACACAAGAGGAGACGAGGAGGAGAUGCUUGCUAGGCAGACUAGGCGGCGUGGCUGAAAGUGUCUGGAUGCUAUUCUCUUCUCCAGUGGGUUCAACAUCGACAACGCUGACUCCUCGCAAGCGACGUGCUCUCCCGUUCGCCGAAGUAUCAACGGCAGUCCUGAAAUCGUCUCCCGUGCCGAUAUCCGCCGCGGAAGCGUCCGAGUCUGUCGAACUCCUCGUAAAACUCUGUCCUUUCUUCCUGAAACGACUUGACGUGGGUGGCCAAGAAUGGCUAGAAAUGCCUGCAGGCAACACUGCUAAUCCUGCGGAGAGAGACCAAGAGGACACUGUUAUGUCCACUCCGUCUAAGAACAGAGGACCCAGCGUUAGCUUGAUUGCCAGUCCAGGGAGGGUGCGCCAGAAGCACGAAAGCGCCCGGGAGGUUACUACGAGGAGUCCGAGGACUAUCAAAUGGGAAGGUGGUGGGCUUCGGGAGGUCAGAGAGAGGAUCCGGAGGGAACUGGAGCUUCUUGAUUAAUUGUGCAGUGCUUAUAUUCUCUCUAUUGCUGCUGUUUGCUUUUUAUUCUGCGUUUCCUGUUAAAAGUCAUGUCAUCGAUUUGUCUAGCGAAAUACACCUUGAUUUGUCA